ACGUUUUUAAAUUCAGUAUUUGCACUCGCAUCGCAUGAAAUAAUUAUUUUUUACGUAAAUCAAUAAUUGAAUGUGCGGUGAGAACUACUAUAUAAUCGUUCAAGUGAAAGUUUUAAAAGACUUAUAUACGGAAGUGGUAUUAGCGAAAUGUAAAAAAAAAUAUUAUCUACUUCAUUUCCUUUUAAACAAUGGGAUCGGUUGAACCGUAAACAUUGUUGUUUGGAGUGUAAUGUUACUGUGAAUCAUAAGUGUAUUCGUGAGUUGUUAUAAACGUAAAUCAAUCAAAAUGCGUGGAGCGUUAUGGGUGCUUAUGUACAAGCACUUGGUAGUUCGGAUAAGACGGUUCAUACAAACUCCUAUUGAACUCGCAUCACCUAUAGUAUUCUUCAUAAUACUAUAUCUUUUUAAGGACAAAAUAAAUCCUGUGCCUAAAUCUCAUGCUUUUGAUGGGUGGAACAUUCACAACACAGAGCCAACAUUCUUAGACAAGAUAAAGGGACCUGCAACAAUAUACUAUGUACCAGAGACAGAUUUAACCACUUUGUUGAUGGAAAGGGUCGCAGACAGAAUGGGUUUACCCAAACAAAAGUUGCAUUCUGUGGAUAGAAUAAAUAAAGGCUACAUUCCUUUGUCUAAUGAAUCGCAAAUCGAACAAGUAUCUAGCCAGAUGAACAAUCGUGAUGCCCUUGUGGUUUUUCAGGUAUGUAUGGCUAUACCUAACAUUACAGGAACAUGGCCAGAGAAACUGAAUUAUACAAUCCGAAUGAAGAACGAUUUCAAGACCAACUCAUACGCAGCGGAAAGUGGUAGCCUGGGAACGCAUGAGAAUUUCGGAACAAUUUACGAACCGUUUCUUCGCUUGCAAUGGACCAUAGAUACAACUUACUUGCAACUUUUAACUGGAAACGAUAUAACGCAGCGCGUUUCCCUCCAAGAGUUUCCAUACGCGGAAGCAACUCAGAACCACACGAUAGAGCUGAUCGGCCAACUGCUGGGCUUUCUCUGCUGGAUUUCGCUUUUACUAGUCUUCGUGUUCCUCAUGUCCAGGCUGCUGGAAGAAAGGACUACGGGGAUACAGGAGCUCAUAAAGAUGGUGGGAGUGUCAUCAAACCUGCUCAGCGUAUCGCACUUCCUGAACGUACUACCCGUGGGCAUAGUGUACAGUAUCGUUGGUGCAGCGCUACUAACUUCGUCUCCAAACGCGCUGAUACCGAAUUCGAAUCCCGUACUCAUAGCUAUAAUGAUGUUCCUGUAUUUUGUCACCGUUGUCGCUAUGGCGUUCGCAUGCAGUUUCUUGGUGAAGAAUCCCCAAUACAUAGUAUCACUAUCAACGUUCGCGUACGUGUUUCUAUGGAUACCUGUACGGCUAUUAGAGGGCCGUACACUCGCGCGUACAAUCGCUCCCUUUGCCGCGCUCUUGCCUCACGCCCCGAUGCAUUGCUUCUGGAGCGAAAUGGUGGCUUUGGAACAGUAUGGUCUCGGUAUUACAUUUGCCAACAUGGCCACCACUCAUAGCCAGAACUGUAUAUCCGUACUCGCCUGCCUCAUCUUCCUGAUUCUGCAAUCUGCCAUCUUCUUCACAUUGGCUCUUUAUUUGUCCCUCGUGAACCCUGGGCCGUAUGGACAAUCGUUACCUUGGAAUUUCUUCUGCCAAAAACAGUAUUGGAGCAAGCGGCAAGUAGUACCAGACGCUGACGUGGAAGAGUUAGAAGAGAUGAGCGACGAAAGAGAUCAACUCUUCUUCGAGCAGCCGCCAAAGGACAUGGAGGUUGGGAUUAAGAUCGUCAAUGUGUCGAAGGUAUUCCCCAAAACCAGGGCGUUGAACAAUGUGUCCCUGGACGUGUACAAAGGUGAAAUCACCGUGCUGCUCGGUCACAAUGGUGCGGGCAAGACUACCCUUAUGUCUAUUAUUACAGGAAUGCUAAGCCCCACCGAAGGCAAAGUGUACGUAGAGGGGCUGGACACGUGCACGCAGCGGGAUGAAAUGCGGCAACACCUGGGCCUGUGCCCGCAACACAAUUUGUUCUUCCCGGAUCUCACCGUGCUCGAGCACGUCAUGUUCUUUACUAUGCUAAAAGGCAGCGGCUACAUGGAGGCCAGGUCGUCGUCCCUCAAGCUCCUGGACCAUUUGGGCCUAGGGGGUAAGACCCACGAGCAAAGUGGGUCGCUCUCUGGGGGUAUGAAGCGACGCCUGCAGCUGGCCUGCGCGCUCGCUGGGGACGCGCGCCUGCUGGUGCUGGACGAGCCCACCGCUGGGCUGGAUGUGGAGUCCAGGAGGCAGCUGUGGGAUCUGCUGGCUUCACUCCGCGGCUCGCGCACAGUACUGCUGAGCACGCACUUCAUGGAGGAAGCGGACGCGUUGGGCGACCGCGUGGCCGCGCUGCACGCGGGCCGCCUGCGGUGCCACGCCACCACCAUGCGGCUCAAACGGGCACUCGGUUCAGGCUACCGCCUGUCAUUCACGACAGUGGGUCUUCCAAACGAACCAGCCAUUACAGCGGCUAUACAAUCGAAGGUCCCAGACGCGUCUGUAAAAGAGUCUUCUCUUAACUCUAUCUCUUACAAUCUCCCCGCGAAUAGCAGCAAUAAGUUCCCAGAAAUGUUUACUAUGUUGGAAAUGAAUAAGCCAGAACUGGGCAUAGAUUCUAUUGGUGUUGGAAAGUCUACGCUAGAGGAGGUUUUCUUGAAGCUAUGCAGCGAUGUUACGACAACUUUCUCAGAUGAUACCGUUGAUGGACAAUCUGAAGAGCCAACAUAUAAAAAAUUAACUGGAUUGCCACUAUACUGGAGACAAUUUCGCGUGCUUUUUGUGAGACAAAUGAAGUAUAUUUGGUCAAAGAAAUGGUCAUUCUUGAUAUUGCAACUAUUCCUCCCGAUCCUCAUGAUAUGCCUGUUCACGGGCACCUCCAACGAGGAGGAGUCACCCCCCGGGGACAGUCCCCAGGCCACCAUGAACAUGGAGCUGUUCCUGGGGGUGUGGCAGCCGAGGGUGCUGUACAGGGUCAACCAGAGCAGCUUGAGGGGGAUCAGCGAUGCCUACCCGAAGGUGGACUUUGUUAUGGCAGAUGAUGUUGCUGAUAAUAUUUUGAGGAUCAGCAAACGGGACCAACUGGAGUACAAUAAAUAUUUAGUAGGAGUGGAACUUAAUGAUACUGAUGCUAAGGUACUAUACACAACACGUAUACGCCACGCAGCACCAGUAGCUAUGAACCUAUUGACCAAUGUAUUAGCAACUCAACUCCUUCCCUGGGCCGAUGGGACAACACUCACAACUAUAAACCAUCCCUUGUUACGGGAAAGGGCGUAUAUACACCAGGAUAUAGUGGAACCGAAGUCCACGAUCAUGGCGGUCAUGUGGGCUAGUUGUAUUGUUUUUAUAAUCCUAGCAACAGCGAUAAUGAGCGUGUCCCUGCCCUGCAAGGAGCGUGCGUCCGGCACGAGACACUUGCACAUAAUGGCGGGCGCUUCGCCCCAGCUCUACUGGCUGGCAACACUGUUAGCGCAUGCCUUGCUCUACACCGUGCUGUUGGUGUUGCCCACAUUGAUCACUGCGGUCACGUUGGAGAAGGAGGGCACGAUCAAUCAAGGGGACUUUCUUGGUACCCUCACUCUAACACUAAUUUGCGGUAUCGUAGCAUUCCUAAGCUUUAUGUAUGCAAUAAGUUUCCACUUUGGUGAGAGAAGCGCUGGCGUUCUGUUGGCCGCGGCUGCUGUUAUUUUUGGAUUCAUCACGCCAACAAUAAAAACGGCGUCAGAAAUAAUAUCGGAAACGGAAGCGAAGAGUUUUGGCGACUAUAUCCUUAUUCUAAUAAGUUAUACUUUACCACCCCAUGCGUUAACAACAGCCACCAUGAAAGGGGUGAAUGUUGCCAGGCUGAACGCGUAUUGCCAUCUCAAUAGGGAUAAAUGUCCGAAUUUGUUUGUGAUGGACAAUGGUUUUGAUGUUAAGAAGUGUUGUGAAGAAAAUAUAAAUCCCAGAUGUUAUUUCUGCUUCGACGGAUACGCGCCGGCUGGAUACAUACUCGUUCUGUUCUUACAAUCUAUAUUUUAUAUGGGUAUAGUGAUAGCUACAGAACUGGGAAUAUUCAACUAUCUGUGCGACCGUGUGUUCAACAGCAAGUACAACCCGACCAGCUCGGACAAUAUUGAUGAGAUUGUGCGCGCCGAGAAGGCGUACGUUAGCAAGGCUAUUAGUUUGCCCAAGAGGCAAAUCCAGGAUAUGAUGUUAGUGGACGACGUGCACAAGAAUUACGUACGUUUCUUGGGAAAGUCUUGCAAUGCGGUUAAAGGUGUCAGUUUUUCCAUUAAAAAAGGCGAAUGUUUCGGUCUGCUCGGAGUUAACGGUGCGGGCAAAUCGACAACGUUCAAAAUGUUAACAGCAGAUGAAUGUGCGACGCGCGGGCAGAUUUUCGCUAAUGGAAAUCAUUUGGGCAAAAUGCCUGGGCAGUACCUCAACUCGUUGGGUUAUUGUCCACAAUUCUCCGGGAUGGACGAAUUUCUUACCGGGAGAGAAAAUUUGGUUCUUUUGAUGACGUUACGAGGUCUAAAUGACCAAGAUACGGCAAAUGAAGCUCAGGCGUGGAUUGAUGUUGUGGGUCUAGCGAAGUACUCGGAGCGCCCGGUGUCCGGGUACUCCGGCGGGUGCUCCCGUCGCUUGGGCGCCGCCGCGUGUGUGAGCGGGGGCGCAGCCCUGGCGCUGCUGGACGAGCCCACCGCUGGGGUGGACGUGGCCGCCAGACGCAGGGUGUGGGCUGCGCUGCGGAGGGCUAAUCGGGCGAAACGAUCGGCUGUUAUCAGCUCGCAUAGCAUGGACGAAAUGGAAGCCCUGUGUUCUCGCAUAGCAAUAAUGUCGGGUGGGCGGGUCCGUGCGCUGGGCUCAGCGGCCGCACUGCGCGCGCAGCACGCGGCCGGACAUGCGCUGUGCAUCAAACUGGCUCCUGUGGGGACCGGGGACGAGACGGACAGCUCGAAGCCGGACGUACUACAACUAAAGAGAACACUUCAAGAGAAGUUCAACUGCACACUCAAAGAUGAACAUAAGACAAUGCUCCACUACCACAUAAACGACACGCUACGGUACAGUGAGCUAUUCACAGAAUUAGAAGCACUCAGAGAGCAAUAUCCCUCCCUUCUAGAAGAUUACUCCGUCACGGAGACAACCCUGGAAGAGGUGUUCCUAUCUUUCGCUAAGGAACAGCACAGUGAUGACUCUCCAGCUUAGAAGAAAAGUGGCACUUUAUAGAAUAGCACUUUUAAUAAUUGGAAUGUUCUAAAACAGCCUUUCCCAACCUGGGGCCCGCGAGCAUAUCACACGGGGUCCGCAGACAAAUCAAGAAAAUUACGAAAGAAGAUCAGACUAUUCUGACAACCGGGCGUAUUUUCAGUUUUAAGAUGGAAUAAUCUGUCAAGUGAUGGAUGGCUAGGCUGUUUCUUACAAAAUCACUGCAUGCGUUAAAUCAAUUUGUAAAAUAUUACAAAUCGACCUAUGUGAGUACUGCGAAUAAGUUCUUUAGGGUUCCGCGGACAUUAUAAGGUGGUGCUAAGGCCCCUACCAGCUAGCCUUUGGAAAAUGUUGGGAGAGGCUGUUCUAGAAUACCACAUUUUCCUACAUAAUGUAUAUUAUACCUACUGCGGUUCUGCACUAGCACUCCGGGAACAAUAACUAUAGGACUACUCCGUCACAAAAACCAUCAUCUUCGUGUUCUUUGCAAAGGAGCAGCUUAGGAAAUCCUGGAAAAAGUUCUAGAAGUUUCGAGAAUUUUGGUCUAAAUAUGUCUUAUAACUUUUCCAAUUUUGGUCUGAAUAUGUCGUAUUUGUGUUUAUAUUAUAUGUUAUGGAUGAAAUGUCCAAUGUCAACUGUUUUGUUGUGGUAUAGUUUCUAGAAAGUGUUGUUAAGUUACUGCAAGUGUUUAUUUAUUUUGAGGAAUAGUAUAAUAAGAAUAUAUUCUAAAAUUAUAAUAUUCUACGCGCUAUUUACAAAAAGAGAUAUUUGUUUGUUCAUUGUGUGGUUUUAAUUAGUUGAGAAGAAGAUUUUAAAAAGCCUCAAUUCAUUUCAUAAUUUAAUCCGAACACCAAUUCUAUAACUCUUUACUUUUUGUUUAAAAAAUUGAAUCUCAGUUAUUGUAAUUGUGAUUUCAAAAUCACAAGAUUUUGAAUUUCCACACAAUUUAUUUAACCGGAAAACUUGUUGGCAACUAUUACGAAUUUAUUUAUUUGAAUUUAUUGGUUUUAUUGUAUCUUAUCACUUUUACUUUGGGAAAAAUUUUAUAAAUAAUAUUUUGGCUUCUUUAAUUUAUUGACUGAGUCUGAGUGGUGUAUGUAAGAUACUUGAGAUUUUAGUAAAAAUAAAAUUCAAUCGAAGUCACAAUGAAUCACUAAAAUUUUAACAACCCUAAGUGCUUUUCUUAAGACAUAAGAAAAGAAUCACUAAAAUUUUAAAAUUUAGUUGUUAAAAUUUUAGUGAUUCAUUGUGACAUCGACUGAAUUUUAUUUUUGCGUGUGCCUCUUAAUACGUAGGUACAUUCGUUUAUGGAAAUAAAGGUAUUAAUUGUAAUUUUAUGUUAAAGUCACUUUAAACUAGCAUUUGGUGUUGUGAUAUGGUACUGGUUGAUAUUAAUAUAUAUUUUGUAUAUAAUGUACACUUUUUAUGCUAGUAGUGACUAUUCUUUUCUAAACUGUAGAAUAUGAACGUAGGUGUGUAGUAAUAAACAGAAAAUAUUGAUGGAGAUUUUCAUGGCAUAGCUCGAUGCUUUUUCUAUGGUAAAAUAUGAAAAAAAAAUAUUUUACUAAAAUUGUGAAUUGUUGAAAGGUGAAAAUAAAACCAUUACAUUAUUAUGAUCAUACCAUUUAUUUCAAUUUUGUAUCAACUUUUUUAACUCGGUAUUAUUUUAUACCAUACAGUAUUUUUAAUUCUUCUAUUAUUAAGAACAAAUUAGAAGAAUUACUCGAGAAUAUACUACUUACUAAUAAAUAAAAAUAUUUACUUACUUGAUACCUAUGUAAAACUGAGUCAAACCGAUGUAAUUACAAAUAUGCGCCAUGGAUAACAAAUUAAUUAAUAUUUUAAUGUAGGUUUAUGAUAUAGUAGUUAUAAUAUAUAAAUUCCAAUUAGUUUUCUAAUGUUAUGAUUUUUUCUUAUGAAUAGAACAACGGUACUGCAAAUCACUGAAAACGAGGCAAUUGUGUAGAAUAUUGAAAAAUAGAUUUAAGACCUUUCUUUCAUUAUUUCUCGAUUCUACUUCGAAUUUAAAAGUGCCUAUUUCUGUUAGGGAGAUGAAAUCUCAGAAUAAAUGUUUAAAAUACAUUCUCAAGAUAUUAGUAAUUUUGUAACAUCCUUGUAUGAUAAUGUAAUUCUGGUGAAAAAUAUUUUCCUGAAUUCCCAUUUUACUACUGCAUUUACAUUUAAUCAAUUUUGAGGCAGCUUACCCAGAAAGAGAAACUUUAUUUCCUAUGCAACCCUUAAUAAAUAAGUAUUGUCUGUUAAGUAUUAUUUAUAUUUACUUUUUAAUUAUGUACAAAAGCACUUUCCACAGAUAUUUAAGCGAUAUGUAAUUAUGCACCAUUUAAAAGCACUGCCAUUUAUUUACAGACUAGUUACAUAACUAGUCAGUAAAUUAAAUACAUAUUGUUGCAUCUAAUAAAUUAUAGAUAAUUAUUACUGUUUAAGUUAUUGUUACCAUAUACAUUUACAUUGUAAUCAAAAUAUCUCAGAAGAACUUGUAAUUUUUUUCAUUUGUUUCCUCAGAACUUCUAUAAUGAAUACGAAAAAUUGAAAACAGAUAAUAAUUACAAGCUGUGAAUUAUUGUGAUAUUAUGUACAUUUUACAACAGCAUUACAGCUAUGUUUAAGUUAACAAAUUUUAGUAGCAUCACAAAUUGUAAGCAACCAUACGUUGUAUGUUCAUUCAUUGUAUAACACUAAAAUAUUAUCCAAAUUGUAUUAUUUUAAAUUCAUUUAUGAGUACUUAAGGCAUUGCAGAUUUUAUAAAUAAGUAGUACCUAUUAUGUACUGAAUAUUGUACCUAAAAUGUAAAGACUGUAUUUAAUCUGCUUUUAAUAAAUGUUAUAUGCUUGUA